CGCAAGCUUAUAAAAGAGUUAUUGUUGCGUUUUCUGCAUUGCAUGAUUUGAAUCAUAAUGAUAUGAGGGUCACGCGCACAGGUUGCUACUAAAUAAUCGCUGCUCGCUGUCUUCACGCAUCUGCUUCUGUUGUGGAUGGGAAGCAAACUGUGACGACAGUGUUCUGCAUCUAGGACAGUGACAUCUCGCGUGAUAGCCCGAGCAUCUUAAAGGGAGUCAUGAAGUUACGUUGGGGCAUCUGUACGGCAGGCAUGAUUGCCAAUGACUUUCUGGUGGGUCUCAGUACUCUACCGCGCGAGGAGCACACGGUGGUGGCCAUCGCCGAAGCCCGGGUAGUGCACCAAGCCCAACAACUAGCCAAGCGACACGGUAUUGGUGUCGUCUACGACAUAUACGAGGACUUAGCGACGGAUCCCAAUGUCGACAUCGUGUACGUUGCCGCUGUCAACCAAGACCACCUGCCGUUGAGCAAGCUGUUUUUGAACCAUGGAAAACACGUUCUCUGUGAAAAACCACUGGCGUUAAACAAAGACCAAUGCACGGAAAUCAUCGAAACGUCGAGGGAGAAGGGUGUCUUCUUCAUGGAGGGUUGGUGGUCACGGUUCUUCCCGGCUGCAGAUAAACUACGUCACCUCAUUUCGGAUGGGGUCAUAGGGGAGGUCAAGUUCCUGCAGGGUGCUAUGGGCGUCUCCGCGGACUUCAAGGAAAGACUUUUCGAAAAAAAGUUCGGUGGGGGCAUCCUUCUGGAUAACGGGCCGUACCUUUUAAAUUUGGCACUCAUGGUGUUCGGUCAGCGGCCAGUGUCAUGCAGUGGAAAGGGGUUUCUUGCGGAUACAGGAGUCGAUGAAACAUGCGUGAUAACAAUGCUGUUUCCGAAUAAAGCAGCUGCUUCACUGUCGCUCAGUAUGACCGUGGCGUUACCCAAUGAGGUCAACAUUCAAGGUACCAAAGGUCAUAUUAAGAUACCAGCUCCCUUUUGGUCACCAACAAGACUGGAAGUAACCACGCAAUCGGGAAAGGGAACCCCUUAUGAUCCAAAGGAGAAGACAGAGAUACUUGAAUUUUCUCUUCCGUCCAGCGAGCUUCCUCAGAAUUACCCCAAUGCCGUGGGUAUGAGGUACGAAGGCGAGGCUGUGCGACAGUGCAUCAUGCGAGGCGAAAAGGAGUGCUCCCUUGUCCGACAUGAGGACAGCAUUUAUGUAGCAGAGCUAACGGAGAAAUUACACCAUGACUUGGGCUACAUGUAUGACAGCGAGGAAGUUUAUCAGGUGAACAAGUGUGUGGGCCAGGAAGUUACUAUCAACAAUAAUACUGUCUGAAGCAGGUUGUCAAUUUUGCAAUAGGUAAAACAAACAAAAUCAUGAAAGUUUAUAAUAAUUAAGCUGAAAUUGGAUUCUACAAAAUGGAAAUUUGUCUCUUCCAUGUCAUCUUAAACCACUCUCAAACGGAUACAAUUUGCACAUGGAGUAUUUAAACUAAAUUUCUUAAAUCGGAAACACGUACAUUUUUGAUAAAAGAGUUGGGUGUUGCAGUAUAUAAAUAAAGAGGAAAAAACAUGUAUAUAAAAAAAUUGUCAAUUUCAGUACUCAAGGAAAGUGAGGGUUACAGUUUGGCCGCUGUUAAUCCUCAAGUGCUCAAGAUAAACGAUUUAAAUGACAUAGUUCUAUCAAUGGGCAAUUAAUCUAACAUUGGUGUAAAAGGCAAUUUAGGUGCAAGUUUCAGCUCCAUCGUGUGAAAAAAUAAAUAACGAUUUUUAAGAAGAAUAUGUCCUGAUAAUUUUUAUUGAUAUUUUUGUCAUUGGUAUAUUUACACAACAAUCAACAUGACCAACAACUGCAGCUGAAAGAGCCAUUUAACAAUGAUACAAAUUUACAAGCAAAUCCUGAGAAAAAAACAACACAUGAGACAACUUAAUUAAUACACAAAAAUUGCAAAAAUUGCUGGAUGAAAUAAACAAAAAAGACAAUAACAUUGCAAUUAAGACAGGAUAAUUGAAGCCAGAUACAAGAAGACAUUGCACAGAGCGGCGUGGGAUAUAAAGAUAUAUUGAAGUAGGAAAAGGGAGACAGAUUAACUAUUUUAAGACUUUGGCUAGUUGUGGGAUAGUUGAUUUAUUCUGCAAACAAUUCAGAAUGGCUUCAGAGGAAAGAGGAGUCGGUGUUGGCUCAUAUACAGCUUCGGUGAGGGCUUUUCAAGAAUUUGAGAGAGAAUAAAUAUCAGAAGUAACCACGGUCAUAGGCUUAAAAGUCUGAUUCAAUCAUGGAACCAUGUGUAUAUACAGAUGGAAAAACCAGACAGUUUAGUUUAGUCCAUCAGAAAAUAUGUGCAAAGACCCGAGCAAAGGUUUUAACAUGGGACAGAGAGACAGGACCAUUAAACAUCAAGGCUGGGCCGGUGUCAUGUGAAAAUCGGACUCGUAUGAAAAUCAGACUCUUUUCCCCUUUUAUUGGUUAAACCCUCUCACGUGACCGGUCCCUCUCCUAAUUAUCUAAGCAUGAACAUGCGCAAUACCACAAAUGAGUCCGUAUUUCAUAAAACCUAAAUUCAUGCUA